AUGUCCAAUCUAUCCUCCUACCACCUCCUCACCUUCGACGUCUACGGCACCCUCGUCGACUGGGAGGGCGGCAUCCUCGCCGCCCUCGAGCCCAGCCUGGCCAAGAACAACGCCUCGGGGAAAUUCACCCGCCAGCAGCUGCUGGCUGUAUACCAUGAGUUCGAAAAGUCGCAGCAGACCAAGACGCCUGAUAUGCUGUACACCGAUGUCCUUGCGACAAUUCUCGCACCGUUGUUGUCGAAGCUAGGUCUCCCGGCGCCGACGGCCGACGAGUCCCGCGCGUUCGGGGAGUCGGUUGGCAAGUGGCCUGCGUUUCCGGAUACAGUAGCUGCAUUGAAGAGAUUACAAAAGGUUUACAAACUGGUCGUGCUAUCGAAUGUCGACCGGGAGUCAUUUUCCAAGACGAAUGCGGGCAGUUUGGAGGGAGUCAAGUUCGAUUUGGUGAUCACGGCGCAGGACGUCGGGUCGUAUAAACCGGAUUUGAGGAAUUUCAGCUACAUGCUUGAUGCUGUGAAGAGGGAGUUUGGUGUUGAGAGGGAGCAGGUGCUUCAGACGGCGCAGAGCCAGUUCCAUGAUCAUCAUCCGGCCAAGAAGGCCGGGGUUAAGUCAGUGUGGAUUGUCAGGCCGGGAGCGACGAUGGGGAAUUUGGAGGAGAAUAUCUUUGAUUGGAAGUUCGAUACGUUGGGGGAGAUGGCGGAUGCAUUGGAGAAGGAGAAGCAGUAA